AUGUACGUGUCGCUUAUAUUUUCGACGAUUCUUGUUUUUUAUAUUCAUGGUGGUUUAGCCAUCAAUUGUCCAAAAUCACCAGCUAAAUGGUGUGAUAAUAAAAAUAUUGCAAAAGCUUGUGGUGUAAUUGAACAAUGUAAUAAAUAUGUUUGGAAAGUUCGUGAUAUGAAUGAUCGUGUCAAUUUAUCUAUUUAUUAUGAAACACUUUGUCCAGAUUGUCGACAAUUUAUAACAACACAAGUUUGGAAUGCUUACCAAUCAAUUCUUAGUAUUGUUAAUAUUAGUUUUGUUCCAUAUGGAAAUGCACGUGAAAUAUAUCGACCAGAAACGAAAUUAUAUCAAUUCUAUUGUCAACAUGGUGCUGAUGAAUGUUAUGGAAAUAUGAUUCAUACUUGUGUUAUAUAUUUAUAUCCAAAUACGACAGAUCAUUUACCAUUUAUUUAUUGUACAGAAUCAACAGAAGGUGAUGUUGGAACAGUUGCUGAACAAUGUGCAGAAAAGACGACAGUGGAUUUUGAUAAAGUUAGUGCUUGCGUUCAAAGUCGAUUAGGUAAUCAAUUACAACAUGUAUAUGCCGCACAAACAGAUAAUCUUAAACCACCACAUCAAUAUGUACCUUGGGUAACGGUUAAUGGUGAACAUACUGAAGACAUGGAACAAGAAGCUGAGAAAGAUCUUAUUGGACUUAUAUGCAAAACAUAUAAAGUAAUUUAA